CACACUGUCUGUGUUUGACAAGUCCAAUUGAUAAAUUAAGGGCCAAUCAAUUGAUAAAAGAGCUUUUCUAAGCCUCACCCAGGUCAUAAUCUUGACUGUCCCAAAAUGCUGCACAUCAUGUAUUUUCAUGUAUUCACUGCCCUUAUUGUUGCUACUGUCUCUGCAUCAACUUUACAACAUCAUGCUGAUGUCAAUCAUGAUGUGUUGAUGAAAUUGGUUGAAAGAGUGGACAGACAAGAACUAGAGAUGAAGAAACUAGUUGGAAAACUUAACAGACAAGAACAAAAGAUGAAAAAACUUGAGGCUGAGGUUGCAGUAGUCCGGCUGGAGAAUAAACAACUUAAGUCAGAUAUUCAGACUAUUGGGUUGAAGCUCAAUGGACAGACCAUCAGUACGAUCACAGUUGCUGAGCAAAAUGGAACAAAGUUUCACUAUGGAAACCAUUCCAUAACCAAGAGACAAGUGCAGCAAGGAAACUUGGUAACUUCAGGGUGUCUACAAGGACCCCAGGGACCCCCAGGGAAAGACGGCAGGGAUGGCAAGGAUGGAAAAGAUGGGAAAGAUGGAAUUCAGAACCCAGGCCUAACAGUAGACAGUCUCAAGCAAAUCAUUGCACUGCUUGGAUAUCAGUCAUCUUCACAAGUUGUCAACUCCUCAAGGAGCAGUGUUCAGGGACCACAGGGAUUACCUGGGAGAGAUGGUAGAGACGGAAUACAGGGACCACCUGGACCUAAAGGGGACCCAGGAUCUCUAACAUUGGAUACCCUCAAACAAAUGCUGGGACAAAUUGGAGCUCAGAUAGGAGUGCCACCUACAGGCCUACCAGCCAAUACCAGCCAUGGUGGGACAGUGUAUACACGUUGGGGCAGAACAACUUGCUCAACAUAUUCACAGCUUUUGUACAAAGGGAUAUCUGCUGGAACCUACUACAGCAAAACUGGAGGAGGCAGUAAUUACCUGUGUUUGCCACAGACACCAGAGUGGGGGAAAUACCAAGAUGGAGGGCAAGAUUUAGGUUCUUACAUACAUGGUGUGCAAUAUGAAUAUGUUAAAAGUAACAUAUUUUCAAAGUCCAAUACAGGAGGUCAUAAUCUUCCUGACCAAGAUGCCCCCUGUGCUGUAUGCUACACCCAAACACGCCCCAGUCAUGUGAUGAUACCAGCCAAGAAGACAUGUCCAGCUGGGUGGACAACAGAGUACAAUGGAUACCUGGUAUCAAAUCGUGAUGACUAUGCGAGAACUGAAUUUGUCUGUCUUGAUGAAGCUCCAGAAGUGGUAGCUGGAGGCCAUGAGGACAAAAUUGCUGCCUCGUUUUACACUGCUGAGGCUAAAUGUGGCACCCUCCCCUGUCCACCAUAUGUGGAUGGAAGAGAACUAGCAUGUGUUGUCUGUACUAAAUAGUGAAGAACAUAAAAUAUGGGUCAUACAUGUAAUAUUGGCACUAAAUACAAUGACCAUAAGGAGACAUACCUGCGUUGUCUGUACUGAACAGUGUCAAAUGUGUUGAAAAAAUUACCUGUGACUAGGAGAAGAAUGACCUUAGGAAUAGUCUUUGUUGAAUUUAAAUAUGUUAUUUCCUAGAAUAUAGCUACCAGUACAGCUAUUCAUCAAAAGAUAUACAUACAUUCAAUUUAUAUUUGGUCACAGGCAAUUUCCAGUCGAUUUCCAUCAGCAAAUUAGUAAAUUAAGAAAAAAUGUUUAAAUGGCCUACAUGUAGUCUAGGUUUUUGAUUUAUUCAUGAAAAUUGAAUUGAAGAUUUCAAAUAUAAUUAUAUGCUUUUGAUCUAUUGUUUUGUGUCUGUGGAGUAAAUAAAUAACUAUGAAGAGCAGAAAUUCAGUUUUUUCCCUUUUUUCCUGUAAUCAAAUUAGUGGCAAACAUGCCUUGUGUUGUAAAAUUAUAUGAAAGAAUGCUAAGUA